GCAAGCUGCCAAAAAAACGACCACAGAAGAAGAAGUCCUGAGUCCUGAGUUAGUCAGCGUGUCGACCCCCUCUCUCAGUUUCUCUCUAUAUAUAUUUCUCUCUAUCCCUCUCUGUCAUUUUCUCUCUUUCUUUUUGUCCCUCGCUGUCCUUUUCUCUUUCUUUUUGUCCUCCUCUGUCCUUUUUUCUCUUUCUCUCUGUCCUUUUCUCUCUUUUUCUCUUUCUCUAUCUCUGUCCUGUAUGGAGGGCUCGGGAGAUGAGUUCAUGAAGUACCGCUCUCCGCUGGUGUCCCGCUACGCCAGCAAGGAGAUGGCUUAUAACUUCAGCGACAAGAAAAAAUUCACCACCUGGAGGAAGCUGUGGAUCUACCUCGCCAAAGCUGAGAAAGAGUUGGGUCUUCCCAUCACAGACGCUCAGGUGAAUGAGAUGGAGGCUCAUGUGGAGGACAUUAACUUUGCCAUGGCUGCUGAAGAGGAGAAAAAGCUUCGACAUGACGUCAUGGCCCACGUGCACACCUUUGCAUACUGCUGCCCCAAUGCUGCUCCCAUCAUCCACCUGGGGGCCACUUCCUGUUACGUUGGAGACAACACGGAUCUAAUAAUGCUGCGGGAUGGAUUUGACAUUCUUCUGCCAAAACUGGCACGUGUUAUUGACAGACUAGCUAAUUUUGCGGAGAAGAAUGCUGACCUGCCGACUCUGGGCUUCACCCACUACCAGCCGGCUCAGUUGACCACAGUAGGAAAGCGUGCAUGUCUGUGGCUGCAGGAUUUGGUGAUGGACAUGCGGAAUCUGCAGAGAGCCCGAGAUGAUCUGCGUUUCCGGGGGGUUAAAGGCACAACAGGCACCCAGGCCAGCUUCCUGCAGCUCUUCCAGGGGGAUCAUGAUAAGGUGGAGGAACUGGACAGAAAGGUCACUGAGAUGGCUGGAUUUAAAAAGUCGUACCUAGUCACAGGACAGACGUACAGCCGUAAAGUGGACAUUGACUCUCUGAGUGUGCUGGCCAGCUUAGGAGCCACUGUACACAAGAUUUGCACUGAUAUUCGUUUGCUUGCGAACCUGAAAGAGAUUGAAGAGCCAUUUGAGAAAGAGCAGAUAGGUUCCAGUGCUAUGCCGUACAAGAGGAAUCCAAUGCGUGCUGAGCGCUGUUGCAGUCUUGCCCGCCACCUGGUGGCGCUGGUGUCUGAUCCUCUGCAGACCGCUGCAGUGCAGUGGCUGGAAAGAACUUUGGACGACAGUGCAAACAGGAGAAUCUCUCUGCCUGAGUCUUUUCUCACAGCUGAUAUUAUUCUCAGCACCCUGCAGAACAUUACUGAGGGUCUUGUUGUCUACCCUAAGGUGAUUGAGAGGCAUAUUCGUCAUGAACUGCCUUUCAUGGCCACUGAGAACCUUAUCAUGGCUAUGGUUCAGGCUGGAGGGAACAGACAGGACUGCCAUGAGAAGAUCCGAGUGUUGUCUCAGCAGGCAGCAGCUGUAGUGAAGCAGGAGGGAGGGGAUAAUGACCUUCUGGCUCGAGUUCGGGCUGACCCAUACUUUACACCCAUACUCAAUCAGCUAGAUGCUCUUCUGGACCCAAAGACCUUCAUCGGUCGAGCUCCACAACAGCUAGUGAAGACCAACCAACUCUAUCAUAUAGUCUACAGUGGUGACCAGGUUUCUCACAGAAGAAGUCAAGCCUGUCCUUGAGCCUUAUAAGAACAAGAUGGACGUUAAGAUAGAGCUUGAGCUCUGAGAGUCGAGACAAAUCAUUUAUCACCAAAGUGUUAAGACAAUGAAUGAGUACACUGUACUGAGGUCAGAGUUGUCAUGUUGCACAAAGUAUUUUGAGACUUGUAUCUGUAAAUCCUGCUGUUUUGAUUGUCAAUCAGAAGUGUCCUGUCACUGUGCUGUUCUGACAAAAAAGAGAACAGAAAUAAAGUUGCUGUAUAAAACAUA